AUGCUUCUAUCCUUGAUAAAUGCCGCUGGAGUGUUUGGUCGAUGGGUGCCGGGGUUCUAUGCCGAUCGGCUGGGAAGAUUCAACAUGCUCAUCCUCACUGUUCUCGGCUGUCUCCUCAGUAUUUUGUGCUUAUGGCUGCCAACCAAAUCAAGCGAGCCAAUGAUGGUUGUGUUUGCCUUGGUCUUUGGCUUCUUCGGUGGCAGCAAUGUCAGUCUAGCUCCGGUAUGCAUCGGCCAGCUGUGCAAAGUCGAGUCGUUCGGUCGAUAUUACUCUACCGCAUAUAUACUCGUUAGCAUCAGUAUGUUCACUGGUACUGCGCUGGGUGGUAAAUUUAUCGAAGUUUGCCUUGGUGAGUAUCACGGUGUGAUUGCCUUCGCGGCUGCAAGCUAUCUGGCGAGCUUCAUUUGCCUUGUUAUGGCGAAAACUCUUAGCUGCGGGAAAAGUAAUAUUUGGUCAAAGUUUUAG